CGCUGGGAGCGCCGGCCCCGGCGAGGGCGCGGGCGAUGCCGCGGUGACGGCCCUGCCAUGGCGAAGCCCCCGGCGGCGGCGGCGGCGGCGUCGGAGGAGCUGAGCCAGGUGCCCGACGAGGAGCUGCUGCGCUGGAGCAAGGAGGAGCUGGCGCGGCGGCUGCGGCGAGCCGAGGGCGAGAAGGUGGGCCUCAUGCUGGAGCACGGCGGCCUGAUGCGCGACGUGAACCGGCGGCUGCAGCAGCACCUGCUGGAGAUCCGCGGCCUCAAGGACGUGAACCAGCGGCUGCAGGACGACAACCAGGAGCUGCGCGAGCUCUGCUGCUUCCUCGACGACGACCGGCAGAAGGGGCGCAAGCUGGCGCGCGAGUGGCAGCGCUUCGGGCGCCACGCGGCUGGCGCCGUGUGGCACGAGGUGGCCCGCUCGCAGCAGAAGCUGCGCGAGCUUGAGGCGCGCCAGGAGGCCCUGCUGCGCGAGAACCUGGAGCUCAAAGAGCUGGUGCUGCUGCUGGACGAGGAACGCGCGGCGCUGGCGGGGGGCGCGGGCGGCGCGGGCGGCGGCGGCGCCGGCUCCCGCAGCUCCAUCGACAGCCAGGCCAGCCUGAGCGGGCCGUUGGCGGGCGGCGCGGCGGGCACCGGGGCCCGCGACGUGGGCGACGGCAGCAGCACGUCGAGCGCGGGCAGCGGCGGCAGCCCGGACCACCACCACCACGUCCCGCCCCCGCUGCUGCCUCCAGGGCCGCACAAGGUCCCCGACGGCAAAGCCGUCGCCACGCGCAGGUCCCUGGACGACCUGUCGGCGCCACCGCACCACCGAAGCAUCCCCAAUGGCCUGCACGAUCCCUCAUCCACUUACAUCAGACAGCUGGAGACCAAGGUGAAGCUGCUGGAGGGGGACAAGCUCCCCGUACAGCUGCCCCAGCCCUGCGUCCAGAGGAGCUGGCUGCAGGUAGGAGUGUUCCUGCAGAAUGGUGUCAUAGGACAGCAGGCAGGCUCUGGAGAGUACCGGACGCUGCGGAAAGGCUUCUCCCCGUACCACUCGGAGUCCCAGCUCGCCAGCCUGCCCCCUUCCUACCAGGACUCCCUGCAGAACGGCCCAGCCUGCCCGGUACCUGAGCUGUCCUCGCCCCCCUCCGCCGGCUACAGCCCUGCAGGACAGAAGCCCGAGGCUGUCGUGCACGCGAUGAAGGUCCUGGAGGUCCACGAGAACCUGGACCGGCAGCUCCAGGACAGCUGUGAGGAGGACCUGAGCGAGAAGGAGAAGGCCAUCGUCCGCGAGAUGUGCAACGUGGUCUGGAGAAAACUGGGGGAUGCCGCCAGCUCCAAGCCCUCCAUUCGGCAGCACCUGUCCGGGAACCAGUUCAAGGGGCCUUUGUAGGGCCUUUCCUCCAUGGACAUGAACUGUCCCUGCCCGGGGUCCCCAGAGGCAGUGGCAGGUCCUGUGGCCGAGCCCCUGUCUUUUUCUGUGAUGAAUUGUACAUAGGACGCUGCCCACCGUGGCCCGGCUGCUGUGGGUCCGACACACUGCCGGCCGGACCGCCACCUCCCACCUCUCACACACCAGCGACCGGGAGACAGAAGCCGCCGGCUGUUUCCUGCAGCUCAGCGGCCUGGACAGCACCAUCCCCACCCCAGGGCCGGGGCUUCAGGCUCCACUGGCGAGAACUGAAGGUCGCUGAGAUGCCAGACCCAGGAGCCAUGCCGGGCCAUUCCCAGCCUUGGUGGAGGGGCACCUCAGCAAGCCCUCCGUCUCCUGGCUGCCGCCCGCACUGGACAGAGGCCACGGCAGUUGGACCUGACUGUGGGGACACCACUUCCCACCCACCUGCUGUGACCCGAACGCUGGCUCCCCAAGCACUGGGUCCCAUGAGUCAGACAAGGGACUCCUGUCUGUGGCUGGCUAGAAGCUCUGGUCCCUCUCUGCCCAGCGCACCUGCUGCCAGCUGCCACUUGUUUUUAGAGUUCAUGCUUCCACCCCAGCCCUCACCCUCUGCAGUAUCGCCCUGCCCGGUGCCAGGCUGUGCCCUAUCUUUCCCGGUCCCUCCUGCCCAGCGCCUGAGGCAUCUCCAGUUCCGUGGUUCACACGGGCCAGGAACAGAGGCAGGCCAAGGGCAGAGUCUCUGGGCCAAGCGCACAUGCCUCUCCCCGGAUGGGUAGCACGGGGCCACGGCUGGGCCUCUGGUCAGCUGUGGCGUCCCCCAGACCCUGGCCCCAUCCUGGGUCACUGUGGACAGAGCUGCAUGGCCACAGUGACAAGUUCUGCCCUCCUUCGAAGGCUCCUGCGCUGGCUCUGGCUUUAAUUUGCUGUGUGACCUUUAGCCAGUCACUCAGCCGUGCUCAUGGUUAGAGGCUGUCAGCUGUCCCAGCCCGUCCUUGUUCACAGCAUGGGAGCCGAUGGUCCACCUGCUGGAGAGGCUGUGUGUGUGUGUGUGUGUGUGUGUGGGUGCUGGGGAGCUGAGGCCCAAGCUGAGUUCUGCUAUUCGAUGCCUCAUUGGGUGAACCCUCCGCUCCCCUCUCUGAGCCUCAGUGUCCUCUGCUGUAGAAUGGGACCAUGAGGCCUUCCUUGAAGGGCUCCGGGGAUCAAAUGAGACCGUCCAUGUAAAUGACCCUGUAUAAACUGUGAAGUGCAGUAUAUAAACUUAAAAACUUGUGUGAGGAACAUGAGGCCCAGAGGGGGUAGGUGAUCUGUGGCAGGUUAUGAGUGAGAUCCCAAAACCUGGAAGGCAGGCAGACAGGCCACCGUUCAUGCCGCUGGAACCGCCUUGGGGUCCACUUACUCUGAAGCCCCUUGUGCGUCACCCGACAUCCCUUUCCCAGUCGUAGAGGGCUGCGUGCGGCCUCACGCAGCCAGCACUUGCAGAGCCCGAGCGUGUGUCUCUAUCGGGCAGGCCUCAUCCAGGCCCAUGUGAGGGAUGGUGACCAGGUGGGAACGCUGAGCGGUUCCCUCCAUCCAUUUGCCACUGGCACCCUUGGGUCAUACACUCUCAAGGGAAAGCUUGCGGCCUUCCUUGUGCCCAGGGAGGGCUAAGUGGGUGCUGCUGACGGCGCUAGGCCGUUCCCCUUGCCCUGGGUGUCACAGGAAGCUAUGGGCUCUUUCUGGACGGAGCUUGCCAUCAGGGCAGGUGGUGAGCUCCCUGUCACUGGGGGUGUGCACUUGGAAUGGGGUGACCAUCCAUGGUCAUGGUACUGGGCAAUUCCUGCCCAAGUGGGCAGUGAGCUGGGGGCAGAGGCCCCCUCUGGUCUUGGAGUCCAAAGAACCACAGAGCAGCUAUGGGGGGAUGGGUCCACUUUGGGUGGGAGCCCACCGGUCACGUUUGGGUCCUCGGCUUUGCCACGACUGAAGAUAAGCAAUAAGGCGGGGCUCCUGGCAUCUGCAGAUCUCCUGCGAGCUGACCCCAGGGACAGCCUCACAGGGACGUUCCCCACUGGAGGGAAGUGACCCCGUCCCUAAGGCUGCAGGGGCGCCCAGAGGUCAGGCACAGCACGUCUGCUGGAACCCCACUGCCUGCCAUGGAGGCAGAACGGGCGGGAGGGAUCUCCUUCCUGUCUCUGAGCCAACGCGGCACGGGGGGCGCUUUCUAGGACACAACUGUCCCUGUGACGGUCAUCUCGCUAAUGUAAUAAACUGUUAAAUAAAAAGCCAGCGGCGCCUCUGCCUGACCCCACACGGGGUACGAUGUGCAGUUGUGGGGGGAGCCCACAGGCUGGAGGGGCUCAGAGGGGCCUCACCACGGAGUAUUUAGGGGCCAGCUCAGGGGAGUCCCAACUCUGCCACUAACAGGCAGUGUGCAGGGUGACACUGGGUGACCCUCCUCCUCCCUCUGGAGCCUUAGCUUCAAAAGGUCAUGGUGGGGGGAGGGCGGGUGUUGCUGGACUCGGAGUCUUUUCAUAAAGGUCCCUUUCCUCCUUUUCAAAUACUCGGACUUGAGCUCUCGAAGCCCAGUGUGACACCUGUGCUGUGGCUUCAGUUCCCACUGUGACAGAGGCCACCUUUCUAGCCUGGAAUUGAAAUCUGCUGAGCACAUUUUUUAGGGUGGCUCAUUUUUAUCCGAUUAGCUACACAUCAGUGUUUAAAGAGAAAAAAGUGACCUUUCAUUUUUUUUUCCUUGAAAACUUGAGAGGAAACAAAAUACUACUGAUUUUUUUUUUUUUAAAGAAACAAACUGAACGCAUGACUGCAGAGCGGUAGAGGUGUAUAUUUUUCAUAAUGUGGGGGGAAAACCUGCUGCUUUCUGGAAUGGGCUGGAACGUCUGUCCCUGUCCCCACCAGCAGCCAUGCUCUAUUUUCUGUAGGACGCGACCGCCUGAGCUGGGCCAGCCCCUCCCUGGCUCCAGGCAGAGCCGGGAGCUGUGGGCUCCUGUGCCCGUUUCUACCUUCUAUUGAACCACUUUGAUUUGGAGGGGAAAAAAAGAAAUAGAACCUUUUGAUAGUGUGGUAAAAACAUUGAUUUGAACUAUUUUAGUAAAAGGGGCACCAGAGGAUUGUGAUAGUGUAUACUUUGCGCUAGAUAAAUAAAGGCUCUUUGCAAGCCUC